CCGCAUCGCCGCCAGUGCUAGCUGGUACUCGGUGCGAGCGUGUUUUCGCGCCCGUCCUUGCAACGUCCUCAGCGGUCGCGCAUCUGAGAUCCGACGCACGUUGCUGCAGGAGUCCUGCUGCGGAGAAAGCAUCCACGCGUGGGGCCCUACAACGAUCACACCCACGAAGGGUGGCAACCCAUCUAACGCGCUGGACGCAACGAUGAGCUUAUAACAUCGCGCCGCGAGUUUGUCAGCUUGUCACCUGAUCAGCGCAGCCACUGCUUGUGUAAACGCAGUUAGAGACAUGCACACCCUAUGGUUGACGAGCAGAUUGCUCUCGCGUGCAUUGUGGAACGGCAUCGCUAACCUUUCCAUCGCUGCCGACCCCAACCUGCACAAGCGGAACGAACUGCAUCUUGUGAGUGCAGUCUGUGGGUUUUCCAAGGAGAAUACGCGCACGCAGCGGCUCAUCAACGGGCAAUUCGGUGAUGAUGCGUGGUUCGUUCAACGCACGAAGUCUUCGGAUAUUUUAGGGGUGGCAGAUGGCGUCGGAGGGUGGCGUGCAUACGGCAUUGACCCCGGCGAGUUUUCCCUGCAUCUGAUGCGCACCUGCGAGCGCAUCAUCCGUCUGGGGCGGUUCGCACCCCAUGAUCCCUCGGAUCUGUUAGCGAAAAGUUACUAUGAAUUGUUACAUCAUAAAAAACCCAUUUUAGGUAGUAGUACAGCGUGCGUCGUGAUAUUGAACAAAGAAAACAGCACGCUUUAUACAGCCAACAUCGGCGAUAGCGGUUUCAUGGUGGUGCGGAAUGGCCGCGUCAUUCACAAGUCCGAAGAGCAGCAACAUUACUUCAAUACGCCGUUUCAAUUAUCUGUAGCGCCGCCUGGAUACCAAGCGGAGGUGCUUUCCGAUCAGCCAGAUUCAGCAAUGACGGAUAAUUUCCCCGUUGAGGACGGCGACGUCAUUCUGCUGGCCACAGACGGCGUUUUUGAUAAUCUACCGCGUACUAUGCUCGUCAACGAAAUGACUAAAUGUCAGGGCGAGCGCUGCGCAGUCAGAUUACAAACCGUAGCGAAUUCUAUAGCGUGGAUGGCGAGGAAUUUGUCCUUUGACGAAACAUUCAUUUCACCCUUCGCUGAAAAUGCGUUUGCCAACGGAAUCAACACUAUAGGUGGAAAACCUGACGAUAUAACCGUAAUCCUUGCAACAGUGGCAAUAUAAAACCAGUAGCGGCAGGAAACACCCGCAAAUCAUGGUCCGCUGUCUCAGUAAUUAUCAUUGAUAUGUUCGACACUCCUCAUACACGUGCGCUUUAUCCUGAUAGACUUUAUUAAUAUUAUUAUUAUUUUUUAUUUUGAAAUUUGUCUAGAUCAUUAUACACAAUUAUUUUUUGCUCAUUUUGUUCAUAUACUUGUACUUGUUAGGGUGCCAUUGAUUUGGUGAGUUGCAUCAACUGAAACUGAAACGGAACACACGCUGAACGACUUAAUGUAUGCAAUAUUUUGUUUUGUUUUGUUAUGUUGAGUAAUUUUACGAGUCCUGUUAAAAUAGUUGUACUGUGCGUAUCCUAAGACAACCAAAACGCAACUCAUUUAUCUCCGUACACACAUAUAGCUUGUAAUCGAUGUAAUUUGUCUCUAGUCGUUUCGCACACUGAUCGGCAAUAAUGUGUAUCACGAACGAAAACGCAAAGACUGCCAACACUUUUUCAAUGUGGUUCUUUUUAUAUAGAAAACGAGCAAUUUAAGCACAGUUGCCUUGGAUUUUUCAAUUUUAUAUUAUCGUAAAAACAAGAAAAGCGUUCGUUGACAGUUGGCGAGUCACAUACGAAUGAAUUGGCGUCAUUUUUAAAGUUUUGUGUGUUGUUACGUGCCGGUUUUGAUUUAACAGUGUGAUGAAGAAACCAAAUACUUUUCAAUGUCUUAUACUUUCAUCAUGCAUGCAUUAUAUUAAUUAAAGUAGUGAAACGAAGACGAAAACCAGUUGAUACCUAAUAUUUAGGUGUUGGCGCCGAAUUCUCGCAAAUUAGUUAUAUUUUCUCGAUUAUUUUUUUGUGAAUACUUACGUUUAAUGAUGUAAUAAACGAAUGAAUAGUUGUUUUCAAAA